AUGGGGUGGGUGGGGGGAGGAGAUGAUCAAAGCAUUAGUUUCGAUUUUCGCGCGAGUGUUAGUGCAGGUCGGCAUCGCUGCAGAGGCAAAGGGACCAGGUUUGUGCUGGCUGUGCAUCCGUGUGGGUUUGGUCCUUUUCAUGCACAAGAGAAUGUUUUUGAGGACUGUGGUUUUGGGAUUGGGAGGGGCCUUGGGAGGGCCAGGGUCGUGCUCGAAUUUGACCGAUGGAGGCAGUUUGCCUUGAAACAUGGGAAGACGCAGGUUGCUGAGAAGGGGGAGUUGUGGAUUCGCUGUGGGAAACCGUGCUUGAAGGAACGAUGA